ACACACACACACACACACACACACACACACUCACUCUACACAUAAACAAAACUUUCCGCAUGUACUCUGUGUGUGUGUGUUGUGACUUUCCUGUUGAUCACGGCGUCCUCUGGGUACGAUAACAACGACAUGGAGUGGAGGAGGAGGGAGCCCCUCCCUGUGUUCCUGCCCAGCCUGAAGGGAAAGUCCAGCUCACUUCAACCUGAGAGACUCACUGAGAGCAGCUGUUCGCUCCACAGCUUGUCUUCAUCAUCCUCACCUCCAUCACCUCCACCUUCAUCCUCAUCUCCUUCCUUCACAUCAGCUGUCCUCUCAUGGCUGCCGCCUCCAAGUCGUCCCAGAAGGCGAAGAAUGCGGUGAUCGCCCUGCUGCUGCUCUGGUCCAUCAUCUCGCUCAUCGUCAUUGUGGUGUGGGCGACAUCUCCGGACCUGAAGAGCUCGGCCCAGUGCCGGGCUGAGCUGCGGGAGGUGACGGAGAAGCUGGAGGGGUCCAAGGUGUUGUAUCACAAGGACAAGGUGGCUCUGGAGGAGCAGGUGGAGGCGGAAAGGGAAGAGACGAACCGCCAGAGAGCUGAGAUCCUGCUGCUGCUGGGACGCCUCAACACCACCAACAUCACGCUGGAGGAGUGCCACCAGGAGAACCUCGUCCUGACCAGGAACAUCAGUGUUCUGCAGGAGAACAUAGAGCAGCUCCGUCAGACCGAGGCCAACCUCACAGCUCAGCUCGGCCUGAAGGAAGAUCUCAUCGAGGCGCUGCAGCAGAACGUGACUCAGACGGUCCACGAGACGACAUCCUGCUUCAGCCUGAAGGAUGCUGCAGAGAGCCAGAUGUUGGCUGCUCAGAGUCAGACCAAAGCCUGCGAGUCCAAACAGCAGUAUCUGAACAAACAGCUUCAGAAGUGUAAGGAGGGGGAGUCUGAAGCUCGUCAGCAGUCGCAGCAGCAGGACGCUGCCCCCGUCACCCCCACUGCUGUCGGCGCCGCCCCUCUCUCUGGUCUUGCGUCGCUGACACUGAUCAUCUGCAGCACUCUGCAUCUGAUAACCUGAGUUCCAGAGGCGUCAAGCUGUCGAGCUACAGGGAGCACUGUGGUCCAGGGGGGCGGAGCCUGGACAGACUUGACUGCUGUACAAUCUUCCUGGUCGCCAUGGAGACGCUGUGUAGGACGAAUGAUGGGACACAAACUUUGCUGAGACGUUUACUGACUGAUUCAAAGACUCUGCUGCUUCAGCGUGUUUUUUUCUUCCAGCUUCACUCUGAUCAGGAAGCUGAUUUAUCGUUAAAUGUAUCUGUUCAAUGUUCUUUCAUCAGUUCUCUGAUCGAUCAUUUAAUCUGAAUCGGCUCAGAGCUGCAGAGGCAGAGUUCAUCAGUGCUACUGGUGCGUUCAGGGACAUCGCAGGUCUGAGACACAGAAACAAGUUCAGACUUCUCGUUCUGUCAGAAGUCGACUCAGUUCUGUUGCGUCUGACAAGAACAUCAGCACAUUUAUCUCUGACAAACAGAGUUGCUGAUAUUUAUUUGCCAAUUGACUGAUUAAUUGUCUAAUUAUUGAUUAUUUAUCACUCAUGUUGAUAGUUUGGUGUUAAAGUGUUGUAUUCACUGACUCUUUACUCUUUAAAUCUGUAUAAAGGGAGGCUCAGUUCUGUCGUCAUGGUUACCGAAGCUCAGAUGUUGCUGUCAAAUUAGCAAAUUAGCAUCCUGACAGAGCUGACCUCUGAUUGGAUGAGAGUGCAAAGGACUCUGGAUCAAACGAGGCAUCAUAACAUUGUCACUUUGGUUUAAAUAACUAAUAAUUAAUACUUUUUUAUUGGCUAUUGAUCUUUGUUGACAUGAAUCAUGAUUAGUAUUUGACAUGAGUGGUCGCUCUGCAGCCCCACAUGAUGGAUCCUCUCUCUGCAGGAAGUGAUUGAUUCAAACCAAUCAAUCGAUCUCAGAACUGAUUGAUUAGAGAAUGAUGAGCAGGGACACAAAGUGAAGCUGGACGCCACUUCUUUCAGUUCAGAGGCCCCAUUUACACCUGACAGAGCAGGAGGACUUCCCAGCAUGCACUGGGCUCAGCAGCACCACCUGGAGGCUGCGGGGAGAAUCAUCAAACACAGCUGAUUAUUGUUUUUCAUGAUCAGUGGAUUAGAGCAGUGGUGUCAAACUGAUCCAGUAAAGGGCCAUGUGGCUGCAGGUUUUCAUUCCAACCAAGCAAGAACACACCUGAUUUGGAUCAGCCAACCAAAUUUGGAUCAGGUGUGUUCUUGCUUGGUUGGAAUGAAAACCUGCAGCCACAUGGCCCUUUACUGGAUCAGUUUGACACCCCUGAAUUAGAGUCAGGUGUGAACGGGGUCAGAGUGUGUGAAUGAUGUGUGUUUAUGUUUUAGUUGUAUUUUUUUACACUCACAGCUUGAAGCGUCACUGCAGCUGACGAACAAACGACUCGAAGCUUUUAUCUAAUUUGGGGGGUUCAUGAGAGUAAUAAACAUGAAGUUUCUAUGAUG